AUGACUCAUCCGUACGAAGAGGAGAAGGAGAUGAAGAAGCUGAAGAAACACUACGACAUGAUAGGCUACAUUUGCGAUGCUCAAUAUGGAAUUCCUACCCGUUGCCCAUGUGGUGGUGAAAUCAAGACGGAUGUGUCUCCAAAUCCGAAGUAUCGCCACGAUUUUGAUACCUUGCCUGGAAGUAGGUACUUCACCUACAAGAAAUAUGAGGAUGAAGUGAGGCGCCUAAGGAUGGAGGUCAAUGAUAUGGCUGAAGAGAUUGCUAAGCUUAAGAGGCUUAUUACCUCCACCUCCCGUCCAAGAGAUUGCUAA